AUGACCGUCGAGCCCGUAAACCCCACGACCGCCGUGUCCGCCCCGGGCAAGGUGCUGCUGGCCGGCGGCUACCUCGUCACCGACCGCGACUACACCGGGCUUGUCUUUGGCCUCGAUGCCCGCAUCAACGUCGUCGCCCGCGGCAUCCCCACCUCCCAGGGCGUCCAGCUGACCGAGAUUGUGGUCGAGAGCCCCCAGUUUGUCGGCGGCACCUGGCGUUACGGCUAUCAUCUUGCCCCUGAAGACGGCGGCAUCACCGUCACCCAGCUGCAGGUCGGCUCAUCCUACCAGCCCAACCCCUUUAUAGAGACAACUCUCACCUACGCGCUCACAUACAUCUCCCGUGUCGUCCACCAGAGGCCCGCACACAGCAUCCAGUCAGCCAGGCUCACCAUCCUCGCCGACACCGACUACUACUCUGCCUCGUCCUCCUCCUCAUCAUCAGCAUCAGCAGCAGCACCCGCCACCAGCCCAUCCAGUAACAGAUUCAUCCCCUUUGGCACCUCCCUGAAAGAUGCAAAGAAGACAGGCCUCGGCUCCUCCGCCGCACUCGUCACCAGCCUGACCGCCGCCCUGCUGUCCCACUACCUGGACCCGGCUCACUUCGACCUGGCCACCGACGGCGGCCGCACCGUGCUGCACAACCUCGCCCAGGCCGCCCACUGCCGCGCCCAGGGCAAGAUCGGCUCCGGCUUCGACGUCGCCGCCGCCGUCCACGGGAGCUGCCUGUACCGGCGCUUCUCCCCCUCCGUCCUCGACGCCGUCCCGCAGCCGGGUCAGCCGGGCUUCGGCUCGAGGCUGGAGGAGACCGUCGGCGGCCAGGGGAGGUGGGACACCGAGAUCCACAAGGACAAGGUCAGCCUGCCCCAGGGCGUGGCCAUGCGCAUGGUCGACGUCGAGUGCGGCUCCCAGACCGUCGGCAUGGUCAAGGCCGUCAACGCGUGGCGCGCCUCCGACCCGGCCGGCUCCAAGGCGCUGUGGGACGAGCUGCAGGGCCGCAACGAGGCCCUGGCCGCCGUCCUGGCCGGCGGCAGGGUGGACGAGCUGCCGGCCGCCCUCGCCGCGGGCAGGGAGCUCGUGCGGGCCAUGGGCGUCAGGUCCGGCGUCCCCAUCGAGCCCGAGUCGCAGACAGAUCUCAUCGACGCGCUGUCCGGGGUCGACGGCGUCUACGGCGGCGUUGUCCCCGGUGCGGGGGGGUUCGACGCCGUGGCCAUCCUGGUCAGGGACGACGGGGAGACGGCGGCGCGGGUGGAGCGCUUCCUCCAGGAGUGGUCUGCCAAGAAGAAGGACAGCAAGGUCAAGCUGCUCGGGGUCAAGGGCGAGCUGCAGGGCGUGCGGGUCGAGAAGCUGAGGGAGUUUGAUGGGUGGCUGUCCUGA